AAUUCGUUGUGGUUAGCAUCGUUUUGCGAGAGCUUCCUAAUCAGUCCCAGAAAGAUUAUUUGUUUUCUUUGAUAUACGGAUAACAUAUCAAAGUUGAUAACAUUUUAUUGUAAUUUGUACUCGCUAAGAACAGGUUUCUCACGAAGUGUUAAUGCGUAGAUUGAAGACGUUUAGGUGGACUAUAAGUUUAUUCGCGCUUCUUUUUAAAUUUAUUACAGAAUAAAAUACGUUCGUCAAUUUUAUCCAACGGAAAAUAAUACACACAUAUAUCAGACCAGAUAUUGAUUAAUUACUUGUCAAUGAUAACGUAAAGUGUUGUAGCUUAAUUAACAUAUCAUAAGACAGUGAAAAGAGAAUGAUGAUAUGUAAUUAUUGAUUACCUCAUCAUUAAAAUAAGUGCAUUCUCGAAAUUAUUGUGCUAGUAGAAUAUAGAGUGCUAAUUUAUUGGUUACACGAAGAAGAAUAUUUAUAAAUAUGAGUGGAUUACAGUUGAAGCCUAUUGCAAACUCCAAUCUAUACAAACGGCGCACCACUUCUAAGGAAAAUCUUCUGCAUGGCUCAUCCAUGUCUUCGACUGCUGAGAGUCAAUACACAGCCAAUGCAGAUGCCUACGGUAACGUCUCGGCCAUAGAACGCGCUGCUCAGGCUCAAGCUAUUCAAGGGGGUCAGCUAAACGAAAGGCUUUAUCAAAACACACCGGAUCCGAUAAGAAAUGCACACCACUACGAGAAUGACGUUGGCAGAGUUUCAUAUGGUGCAAAUACGCGACCCAGUCAUCCUCAUCAACGAUUCGCUGGUGACGCUAGCAGAGAAUUCAGUGCGCAACAGUUUAUUGGUGGUUCCGGCACUACUAAUAUAAUUCGGGAUUUGAAAAGUUUGAAUCUGAACACAGUGCAACAGUCACCGACGAUUAAUCAUUCCGCUGCAACUGGGCACAGUGAACAAAUCUUGAGAGCAUCGAACGUGAAGACGGCAGUACCUCCUCGAAGAAUGGAAUUUACGGAACAGGCUGGUAGAUCGAACACGCAAGUUGUUGGAGUUUUACCGAACAUGUCACUUGGUACAAUGAUUUGUACCAGAUGUGACGAAGGCUUCGAACCUCAUGAGCGAAUCGUCAAUUCGAAUGGUCAACUUUGGCACACCCAAUGUUUUGUGUGCGCUCAAUGCUUCCGCCAGUUUCAGGACGGAAUUUUCUACGAAUUUGAAGGGCGAAAGUAUUGCGAGAAAGAUUUCCAUAUCCUGUUUGCACCAUGCUGCAACAAAUGCAACGAUUUCGUCAUCGGUAGGGUGAUCAAGGCUAUGGCGGCCAAUUGGCAUCCGGACUGCUUCACCUGUGAGCAGUGCCGUAUUCCGUUGGCCGAUUCCGGUUUCAUCCGCAACCAAAAUCGUGCUCUUUGUCACGAUUGCAACAAAAGGGAGAAAGACGAUGGCUUGGAAAAGCAUAUGUGCAAUAAGUGCCAUGGUGCUAUCGACGAUGCUCCGUUACGUUUUCGAGGAGAAGUUUAUCACGGUUAUCACUUCAACUGUACGGCCUGCGGUGCUGAGUUGGACUCAUCUGCUCGCGAAGUCAAAAACCGCACUGGAUAUGCUGCCAACGAUAUGAAUGAAUUGUACUGUCUGCGUUGCCAUGAUCGUAUGGGUAUCCCGAUUUGUGGCGCCUGCAGACGUCCCAUCGAGGAACGUGUUGUUACUGCCCUGGGUAAACAUUGGCAUGUUGAGCAUUUUGUUUGUGCCAAAUGUGAGAAACCAUUCUUGGGACAUCGUCACUAUGAAAAGCGUGGCCUUGCUUAUUGUGAAACUCACUACCACCAGUUGUUUGGAAAUCUCUGCUUUGUUUGCAAUCAAGUUAUUGGUGGUGAUGUAUUCACCGCGCUAAACAAAGCUUGGUGUGUCCAUCAUUUCUCGUGCUCCAUUUGCGAUACGAAAAUGGAUCAGAAAUCUAAAUUUUACGAGUACGAUGAAAAACCCGUAUGCAAAAAAUGCUAUGAGCGCUUCCCCAAUGAACUUAGACGCCGUUUGCGUAUGGCACACGAGAAUACAUUGAAGAAAAACGUUAAUUAGGAUGUUUGAACAAUCUUUCAACUUGAACUUGUGAAAUGAACUCGACCGAUGCCCAUCUCUCAACGUAUAAUCCCGAAUAAUAAUGUUUUAACCACUUGAACUUUAACGGAGUUCCACGACAAGAACCCCAGAGGAACUCGAUUUUUUUAACAGAAGCAGAACAAUCAACGUAGCUGUUAGUCAUUGUGCCUUAAACUCGAACUUUUUAAACGUAUUUGUAUGUGUUCUCUAAUUAAGACUAAUGACUUAAUUCAAUGAUGAAGUAUUUACGAAAAAUAUUUAUACAUUAUGUGUUGGAAAAAAAUCGUAGCAACAGAUGACCUCCAUGAUUUAUUUUAACAAAAUUUAUGCCUAAUAAUAACAUAGAUAUAUGGUUUGAAUUAAGCAA